GCAAGGAGGACUCAGAUUCCCCCAAAGUGUCUCUAAUUUUCAGCCAGCCGACCUACGACCCAGCCCAACUCCCGGAUCCAGUUGCCCCUGCCCCCGAAAGAUCAAAUAAUCAGGGACUUGAGGGUCUCACUGCCUCUAACGACGGGAGGAAUCUGCACAGUAAAAGAAGGUGGACUUAGCAAAUUUACAAACAGGUGCUGUACACCUGUUAUGGUCAAGUGAUAUCACCGGUCCAGGGAAAACCCGCUUGGCCCGGAAAUACGCUGUUCCAUUCCCUCAGUUCAACGAUCCAAGAAGACGAACCCUCGCACCGCAGCACAGCCCGAAAUCCUCUUGGUUGGAUCAGACUAGUUCGUCAUCCUUAGUCGGUUGUGACAGCGACUCUGGCCACGGCUCCGAUGGCUCCCUCUCCAACGACCGUCAAAUUGAUGUUUUCGAUAUUCCCCAUGCAAUACGACAUCCAUCAAGACCGGGUAAUAGCCGCUUUUGCGAUCGUCUGCGACCGGCGAAAGCCUCCAGAAUCAUACACUCUCACCCACUCUCACACAAGUUUUUACUCCCCCCCUUUCCCCAGCUGGACAAAAUGCGCCAAACGCUCCUCCGUUGUGCUUCGGAAAUUAUUUCCAAGUCAUUCGUACAAAACCCUCCUCGCACUCCUUCCACCAAUCAAGCUUUACCGCCGGCUUUUGCGCGCUCACAGACAUAAACUAUCGCCCGAGAAACGAGUUCUCGGAGACGAGUAUGUCAAGGCGGAGUUUAGACGGCACAGGGAUAUCGAGAAUCCCUUGUAUAUUGUCGGCUUCUUGAAGGAAUGGCAAUUGUACGCGCAGGCGGUUGAAGGCGAGACGUGGAAGGACGAGAAACUUGAGGAGGGAAAGUUGGAGAAAAUGAGUGAUCAACAGAUUGCGCAGCUGUAUGAGUUGAUGAGGGCGAUUAAGCGUGGGGACACGGACGCUGGUGGGGAAGGUGAGGGAAGGUUAUAGGGGUGGCUUUAUAAACGUUUUGUUGAAACUAACUACUUUGUCGGGGUUGGUUACAUUUAAUUAACUAGACUUGUGCAUGGUAUCAGGUGGUGCUUUCGGCGGACGGUUUUUUCUGUGGUCCGUAUGGAGUUAUUUGGUCCCUAUAUUGUUAAUUAGCGAAUGGGGAUGGAACUUAAUAUCUAAUUCUCUUGGAGCCCGGUUGGGGUUCCUCGUCUCUCGAA